UCUACGUGCGCGCAGCCGAUAUCCAAUCGCGACCGUUAGCUGGAGCGAGCUCGCUGGUACCAAAGAGGAGAGAAAUCUGAGCGGCGGCACCGGCUGAUGUGAAAAGUCACCAUAUCUCACCCAAACCAGGCUUCCCGUCGCUUCCUCGGACCUGUCAGGGGGGAAUGAGAAUCGCCAUUUGUCAGACGGGGGAUGGGCUCGUCUGAUCAGUGAGUGAGAUUUGGAUCAUCGUGAAUACACGUGGAGCCUUGUCCGGAUAGUUGAUUGACAGCAGCACCUCCAGUUCACCUCCCCCUGUGUGGCCCUUUUUCGCCACUUCCGAGUCUCUGAAGGAAGAAAAUCACAGAGGGACCAGAAACCUCGUCAACACACACUUCCUAGCCAGACUCCCCCAGUACCUCGCCUCACCCUCACCUCCCCAAGUGGGAGAGAACAGCAGCCAUCAUGGUGCUGUCACAGAGACAAAGAGAUGAACUAAACCGAGCUAUAGCCGACUAUCUCCGUUCCAAUGGGUACGAGGAGGCCUAUUCCACCUUCAAGAAAGAGGCAGAGAUAGAUAUGAAUGAGGAGGUAGAUAAAAAGUAUGCUGGGCUUUUGGAAAAGAAAUGGACCUCAGUCAUCAGAUUACAGAAAAAGGUGAUGGAGUUGGAGUCGAAGUUAAACGAGGCCAAGGAGGAGAUGACACAUGGAGGAUCUGUGAGUCAGAAGAGAGAUCCCAAGGAGUGGAUCCCCCGUCCCCCAGAGAGAUACGCCCUGAGCGGGCACCGUGCCCCGGUCACGCGUGUUAUAUUCCACCCUGUCUUCUCUGUCAUGGUCACAGCCUCUGAGGAUGCUACCAUCAAGGUGUGGGACUACGAGGCCGGGGACUUUGAACGAACCCUGAAGGGCCACACAGACUCUGUGCAGGACAUCUCCUUUGACCAGACAGGGAAGCUGUUGGCUUCAUGUUCAGCUGACAUGAGCAUCAAACUUUGGGACUUCCAGGGUUUCGAGUGUAUCCGAACAAUGCAUGGCCACGAUCACAAUGUGUCGUCUGUAGCCAUCAUGCCAAAUGGUGACCACAUAGUGUCGGCUUCCAGAGACAAGUCCAUCAAGAUGUGGGAGGUGGCCACUGGGUACUGUGUGAAGACCUUCACAGGCCACAGAGAGUGGGUGAGGAUGGUGCGUCCCAACCAGGACGGCUCAUUGAUCGCCAGCUGCUCCAACGACCAGACAGUGCGUGUGUGGGUGGUCACCUCAAAGGAGUGCAAAGCUGAGUUGCGGGAGCAUGAACAUGUGGUAGAGUGUAUCGCCUGGGCCCCUGACAGUGCUCACCCCACCAUCCUGGAGGCCACAGGCUCCGAGAGCAAGAAGAGUGGAAAGCCUGGCCCCUUCCUUCUCUCUGGAUCCAGAGAUAAAACCAUUAAGAUGUGGGACGUCAGCACUGGCAUCUGCCUUAUGACCCUGGUGGGACAUGACAACUGGGUCCGUGGGUUGUUGUUUCAUCCUGGCGGAAGAUUCAUAGUGAGCUGUGCUGACGACAAAACCAUUAGGAUCUGGGACUACAAGAACAAACGCUGCAUGAAGACCCUGUGUGCCCAUGAACACUUUGUUACCUCUCUGGAUUUCCACAAGACUGCUCCAUACGUGGUGACGGGAAGUGUCGAUCAGACAGUCAAAGUCUGGGAGUGCCGCUGAGACUACGUCCGUCUCUUGCCCUGUCCUGCCUCCGAUUCCCCUACACCCAAGCUCCAGAAGCAGUCCUAACCCCCCCCCCCACCCAACCCUCUCCCUUCUGUCCUGACACCCAGCCCAGUCCUUCACCUCUCGCACUACAAACCAUAGUUGACCAUGGCGCUUUACCUUCUCCCCAUCCCCUCCCCUCGCUCCCCUCUCCUUCCCCACUCCCCUACAUCAGUCCAGCCCUAUUAAGAAGACUAUUGUCCUUUUAUGUAAAUUAUUCUGGAUGUAGGGUACGCUUAAUAAAUGUCACGCAAUCUCUGACACAUAAACACACUCAAAAGAUAAGAAGUAUUCCUUGCAUGGUGAAACAAAAAAUAAUUGUAUACUGUUAAAUUUGCCGAAUUUGCAUUCUGUUGUCAUGACUUCCUGUCGGGUAAAAGGGUAAAUAUCCUUGUGUGCUGGCACAGGUGGAUUUCAGGUAACUGACAGUGCACGGAAACCAAUGGCACCCCAUGUUGAAGGGGUUUAGGUUUAUUUCUUGGUUUUGUUUUACUCCAUGCCUCCAUUCUUGUGGUCUGCCACUGCACAGAUGGCGAUAGAGAAGAUGUGUGGAAAGUCACUGUAACAGAAAGAACGAGUGGAAGCUGUCCAGGAGAAGAUGAGAAUAAGUUGGAAGAAAAAAAAAAAGCAUUCAGCUUCCUAGUUGAAU